AUGAUCUUUUUUGUUUGGUCACUUUUAUUAUCAGCUGUACAAUAUGCUAGACGUCAUCGUCUUAACUCGAUACUUUCCCAAUAUUUUUUAACGCAAUAUUCGCAAAAGACGAUGCUUGUCUUUCGUAAAACCUCAUCCUUAUCCGUAGCUGCUAGAAAUAUUUCCAGGAGAUUGGAAUAUGGAAAUACGGCAUUAUGGAAAAUGAACAGUGAACCAUGUCUUCCAUACGAUUCGGAAGCCUCAAUUUUAUAUCGAAACGAGCAACUUGAAAUUGUCGUCCAACCAACCGCGUUGGAUUUUCAUAUUUCGGAUUGGCAGAUAAUUGCUCAACCACCAAGAAGAUAUUCCACACGUAUAUCGUUUAUUGCUUCACUUGGCUGUGUGACUACGAACAAUAAAAAUAAUGGAGAAGUUGAAGAAGACGCUUUAUCAUCGAUGAAUGUACUUAUUAAUGACAAUUCUUUGGUUGCUGCUAGUCAAAAACAGUUGAACGACUUUAACCAUUUCGAACCAUUUUUGAUGAUUUCAUAUCAGAUCAGACAAUUAUGCAAGAAACUUGGUCAUCAUCGUAGCCGACCAUGGGAAAUUCUAUACGAUUGUGAACUUGAAGAUUUCUAUGCUAUAGCUUUUGCAUGGAUCGAGAAUUCAUUACUCGAUAUCGGUGGUAAAGCUCGGGUGAAAACUAUCAAAAAUUUAAUAUAA